AACAAAACGACCGUGUUUAAAGUUUACAAUAACAGAAACGAAUUUAGAAGAAAAGAAACAGAGGGAUUCUACUGGAGAAGAAAAAUCCUCGGAAACCUUAGUCUGAUCUUCGUCUCGAUUUGGGGAAGAAACUCGGAAACCGACUGUGGUCGCCCGGAUUUUGUUAUUACAGAGAGAAAUGGCGUUGAGGCAGAAGUUAGGAUGGUCAGAAGGAGAUUUGAUGAGAUCAGACGCAAAGCCAUGUUCAAGGCUGAUGAGACAAACUGCUGCCAUUUUCACUGUUGGCGGAGCUCUUGGUUUCUGGGUUCUCUGCAGACUUCACUAUGGACCGAGGAUUACAGUGCCAAGGAGCCUGCGAUGGGCUGGGUGUGGAGCUGUGUCCAUGAGUACAUCAACUGCAACGCUUGUCCGUCUCUUUAGCCCUGAAUGUGAACCCCAAAACAUUGCUGCAUACGACCUCCCCAAAACCCCUCAAGCUUCACUCCCUUAAAACCCAUCACGUUUCUGACUUUAUCUUUUAUGUGUAUGAGAGCCUCAACCUUUGAGUACAUUCUUUUCACUACAUGAACUUUAAGUAACUAUUGAUAAUACUAUUGUAUCUGUUUUAUUUUUCAUCUGAAUCAAUCAUGCAGAUGCAAUAGUGACAUUUUCUAAAAACUCUGCAUCGUCUAGUAGAUUCACUAGUACAUUAGGCCAUAGCGUCGCCUGAACAUCGAUACUUCCUUCUUCGAUCCCUGGAAAUAGCACAAGCUUGCCGCUGAUACUAUUGCCCGGUCCAGCUCGAACUGCAAGCGGUUUCCCCCAACCGAAAUCGUUGUUGUACACUUCGAACCGAGGAGAGCUUGCGACGACUAUGGUAUCACCAUCCAUUUUACUUCCUAGGCCUGAUUUCAGAAUCUUUACAUUCCUAACCCAAUCCUCUGCAAAAGUUUUAAGCUUUUCAUUCGUUUGCGAUCUCACUAAUUCAUUUAUUCGAAGAGCAGCCCACCCUAGGCCACGAUCCAGCAGCUCUUCCACGGUUGCUCUAGCUGGUGAAAGAUAGAUCAUAUUCCCAAAACACUCUUUCUCAAGCGGAGGAUUCAGCCUGUGUCUCAAGUCCACUGCGACUUCACAAUGCGUCUCUCCUUCUCGGCUCAAGCCACUGUGUCUGAUGAUUGAUCGCCACAUAUGCGCCGUAACCACUUGAAGAGAUGAGAGUUUUAGGUCACUGGAGCCAACCUCACCGUAGGCUUUAGCUUUGAGAUCUGAGAUGUUUUUCUUUGUGAAGUGAAAAACCUGAUCUUUUGUAGCGGGCACGGCAGAAAGUUCACGGCUUGGUGGUGGCGGCCUCUCCGCCUCGGUGACUUGUAAAGCAAGCAAGGGCUCAGAGACACCAUCGCAACUCUUGAAAUCUUUGGCGGGAAAGAAGUGCUCAAUGAAAUCUUGAACAGAACGACGAGGUUCAAGAAAAUCACUCACCGAGACAGAUUUGGCUUCGGCGUGGUGAAACCCAGCGCCGGAGCCAUCGCAGUCUAUGGAAAACGACACCGUGUUGUCUUUUUGAUUCUCUACUUUGACAAGACGACCCGCGAAAGGGAAGAAGAUCUCUAAGGCAGUCGAGAGAGGGGACUUUAGUCGAGAGAUGAGAUUGAAAUCUGGAUCGGGUUUGAGAAAGAGAAGACCUCUUUGAGUAUAAUCGAUAUGAAGGGUAGUGAGAUCAAAUGGAGUAAGAUGGAUCUUUGCUCGACCCAAAGGGCUAGUGUUUACGGGUCGAACAAUGCUCGAUGAGAUCAAAACUACUACUCCUGCCAUUUUUUUUCGUCGCUAUUGUGUGAAGGAGAAGUAAGACUCGGCCUCUCUAAAAUACUACCCACAUACCAAUUAGAAGAAAGCAAAUCCUAUCCUAAUUACCUAAGGAAAAUGAUUUGGGGUUUCUUAAUCUUUG